UCACGUGACUUGUCUCCCAGGCAACGGCUACCUGCGCCUCCGCGUUUGCCGCUUUCUUCCAGCAGCGCUCAUUGUCCCUGUUUAGUGACGUCACUGGUCAUUCUGUCAAUCUCCUCCGGUAACAUGGCGGACCCACGCUUGAGGCAAAUGAAGAUCAAAACCGGCGUGGUAAAACGUCUUGCCAAAGAAAAAAUUAUGUACGAGAAAGAAGCCAAACAGCAGGAAGAAAAGAUUGAGAAGAUGAAAAGUGAAGGAGGAGAUGAAUAUGUUAUUAAGAAACAGACAGAGGUUUUACAGGAAUCCCGAAUGAUGAUCCCAGACUGCCAUCGCAGAUUAGAAGCCGCAUAUGGUGACCUUACACAGCUUCUGGAGAAUGAAAAAGAGUUGGAAGAGAAGGAAGAAUACAAGGACGCACGUUCCAUGUUGGAUUCGGUGAAGUUAGAAGCAUGAGAACUUUUGGCCUUUUGUUUUUUUUUUAAUUUGUAAAAACAGUAAUAAUCCAGGUACUGCAAGGUCUGGACAAAUCUCAGUUUGAAGGAACAUGAAGACACUUAUUCCAAAUAUCUGUUAUCCUGAAACAUUCAAACAAAAUAACAAUAAACAAGUAGAGACAA